GCUGUUCGAAAACUGCACGUGUGGCUACCAACGCGCCGUGAGGGGCAGCUGCAGUCUGUCCAAGUGCAGUUUUGUCUACGCCUUGUAUCUGGUACUACAUACUCUUGUAUUAGGUGUUAGCGGAGCAUCAAUGUUGAUGCAAGGAAUGGUCUUGCUCAGAGCUGUCCAGCGUUGGGAUAAGCCGAUUGCACUGGGGUUGUGCUUCGGCAUUGUCGGCCUAUUAUCGGAAGUUCCGGGGCACUUGCUGUAUUUACUCAUCAGCUCUCUGACGUGUGCGUACGAAAAUCCAAUAACAGGGGGUGUAUGCGUUUUUCACAACUCGAACCUAAUGUGGGUGGCGGUGGCCAGCUCUCUUCUCUGCCUUUCGUCGGCUGUCGUAUGCUUUAUCAACUGUCGCGUGGCCGCGAAACAACAGGCGGCUAAAGUAGCGGAUCAAUAACGUUAGCUGACACACGAGUCAAAAGCAAAUCACGCUUUUACCGUUCUUGUCUCAAUAAGUUGAAUU